AUGUCCACGCAACACGGUCAAGAUGCCAAAUUCUUCCAGCGCGGGAAGAUCGAGGAGUUUCGCGCUGAGCUGCAAGCAGCGGAGGCAAAGGAUAAAAAGUUCCAGAAACGAAAGACCGUCCUGAAGAAGAUUGUGGCAAACAUCACGAUGGGCAAUGAUAUGUCACCUCUAUUUCACGACGUAAUUCAAUGCAUAGGAACCCCGUUGUUAGAGAUUAAGAAGAUGGUAUACCUUUUCCUUGUCAGCUAUGGGCGCUCGAAACCAGAUCAGAUACACCUAGUAAUUCCUAGUUUCCUACAGGACUGCAACGAUCGUAACCCUCUCAUACGAGCACUCGCAAUCCGAACAAUGUCCUAUAUUCCCAUACCUGUGGUCACAGAAGCACUCACUGAUCAACUACGACAUUGUCUCAAAGAUCGCGAUCCAUAUGUUCGCAAGACUGCUGCGAUAUGUGUAGCGAAGGUCUAUACUGCUGACCCUCGCAAAGCCGAACGUAAAGGCUUCGUCGAACUUUUAAGAGACAUGUUAAUUGAUGAGAAUGCAACUGUGGUUUCAAACGCUGUGGCGGCAUUAUCGGAAAUUGGAGAUCGUCAAGACGGCGUCAUAUUCAAGCUCAACUUGACCAUUGCAAACAAACUUCUCAGCGCAUUAGGCGAGAGCUCUGAAUGGGGUCAAAUUUACAUCCUUGAUUCUUUGUUGCGUUAUGUUCCAGAACAGCACGCAGACGCCGAAAUGAUGGCUGAACGUGUAAUAGUGCAAUUACAGCAUGCCAAUUCUGCCGUGGUGCUGACGACCAUCAAAGUUCUGCUGUAUUUGAUGAAUUACAUGGGUGAUCGCCGAUUGAUAGACUAUAUCUGCAGAAAGAUGGGCCCUCCACUUGUUACAUUACUUUCUUCUGGUCCUGAGGUUCAAUACGUUGCCCUUCGAAAUAUCUUGUUGAUCAUUCAGCGGCGACCCACCGUUCUCAAGAACGAUGUCAAGGCCUUCUUCUGCAAAUACAACGAUCCAAUAUAUGUCAAGCUUGCCAAGCUUGAGAUAAUGUACCGCCUCGCUCGGGAAGAAAAUGCCCGAGAAGUUCUAGCUGAGCUGGAAGAAUAUGCUUCAGAGGUGGACGUUGAUUUCGUCCGGAAGGCCGUCCGGUCGAUAGGCCGUCUCGCCAUCAAAGUAGAACCUGCUGCAGACAAGUGCAUAGAAUCAUUACUCAAGCUCAUCGAGACAAAAGUGACUUAUGUCGUCCAAGAGGCAGUAAUCGUCACCAAGGAUAUUUUCCGAAGGUACCCUGGGAAAUACGAGGGCAUAAUUCCAAAAAUUUGUGAGAACCUUGACGCACUAGAUGAACCCGAGGCAAAAGCUGCCAUGGUAUGGAUAUUGGGGCAAUUCGCAGACAAAAUAGAUAACGCCGAAGAACUCUUGGAUGACCUCGUGUACAGCUUCCUGGAUGAACCGGCUGAGGUCCAACUCGCACAUCUCACAGCCGUCGUAAAGCUUUUCAUUUACAAGUCGCAAUCUGAGGUUACGAAGGCGCUUGUUCACAAAGUAUUAAAAUGGGCAACGGAAGAUAUUGAUAACCCUGACUUGCGAGAUCGUGGUUUCAUGUAUUGGCGUAUGCUCGCGAUGAAUCCGGCGGUGGCUGCAGAGAUUGUGCUUGCAGAAAAGCCUGCGAUCACGACUGAUUCAGAUCGCAUGGAUCGUGGGGCUCUUGACCAACUCUUACUGCAUACUGGCACACUGGGAAGCAUAUACCACAAGAAUCCAGAGACAUUCAUUCGAAACGCUGCGGGUAGAGCACUGAUUGACAGCCCCGCGUUGAACACAAACUCUAGGGCGGUGCUCGUUUCCCUAGCGCGACCACAACUUCCACCGAUGGCCAUUAGCGUGUCAGGUCCUGGUCCUGUCGAACCUACGCGACCACCACAACCUAGUGAAGCAACAAACAAUGUACCUCUACCGACUAUUAUGGAAUCUUCACGGAGUGAUGAACGAGAUUUACUAGAUGUCGAAGGUGAUGAUGGCGCGGGUGGCGACAGUGGAGAGGGGUACCCAGAAGGUGAUGAUGAUGGCCCAGUCACCAAAGCCGCAGAUCCAUAUGCUUCUUUGGGUGGUGCAUUUGGUGGUUACGUGACGGAUGUGCCACAACCUGUGACAGGCGGGAGUCGUGGUGGUGAUCUGGACGACUUACUACUCUAA